AACAUUGAAUAUUUGUUUCACUAGGCAAUGAGUACCAUGUUAAAUUAAAUGGAUUAAACAUUAAAAAACAAAACACUCGUACCUCAAAAACUCUUUGAUGAAAAUGAAUUUUUCAAAUUGCUUUGCAGCCAUCACUGUGUUCAACGAAAAAGUCACGUUCCUUUAUUUAUUUGUCGAAAGGUGAUGGUUGAGAACCUCUGCUUUAAAGGACCCCAAAAUGCAUUUCUGCAGUUGCCUAAAGAAUCCGACUGAUUCUGAAAGAGCAGUGUGUAGCCCGCCCUGCUGACCAAGACACUGUACUGCUCUAAAUUUAGUUAGGCCUCCUUCACUUGUAGCAAUGACACCCAACUGACACCCAGCGACCCACCCGCCCACUCAUUCAGUCGCUUUGUGAGGUCGAGGGGUAGACCUCCGACCCUUCCCCUGAUCCCCGUGGAAUUGCCCACUCGGCUCACACCGUCCACCCUUUUCCUGCACUUCUAGAGAACCAGCAGGCUCCUUCAGUGCAGGGGCAGCCAUGUCGCGUUUCUCUACCAUGACGACCGCAGAGAGGAAAGCUCAGGCCGCGGCGAUAUGCAGGGAGAUUCAAGCUUUGGAAGACAUGGAGGUGGACCUCGGCAAGAAGGUGAGCGUGCCUCAGGACAUCAUGCUGGAGGAGCUGUCCCUGGAGUCCAAUCGGGGCUCGCGGCUCUUCAAGAUGCGCCAACAACGCGCGGACAAGUACACCUUUGAAAACGCCCGCAAUGACGUCAACUCGCAGCGCAACAACACGACGGAGGCGCGAGCUGAUAACGUGAAUUCCACAGAAGAGCAUAAUUCUGCUGAGAAGAACUCGGGCGUGGACCGGGCCUGCCCACAGAAGGUUUCUUCAGAAACUGCAACAGUGCCAGAUCCGCACAGCAUUGCCCCUGGCUAUGGUGGUCCUUUGAAAGAUGUCCCUCCGGAAAAAUUCAACAGCACAGCCAUCCCCAAGUCUUACCACUCGCCGUGGGAUCGAGCUCUUGUCAUGAAAUCGGCACCUAUCGAUACUCUCGUCCCUUUACCUGAACCACCAGCGAACUUGCCGGGCUACAAAAGCUUCAACAGAUGCGCCAUCCCGUUUGGCGGCUUUGCCGAGGCGCACGGGCACGCCGGCGUCCAGAACACGAUGGCGGAAACCGUCUUGCCCGACUUCCCCGAGCUCAGAAGUCGCCCUUCCUUCAACAGGGCUGCUCAGGGGUGGGGAUCCACAGGCCCUUCGCUUGCCCUCCACCCCGCGCCCGAGUCAGAUGACAUUUGAACCUGUUCAGAACACUUCUAACUCUCUCAUCAUAUGAAUCCACUUUGCAAAAAUCCCCUCUUUGAAUAGUUUUGCCUGACAAAAAUAUUGAUGGCGCUUUUUUUUUUUCAAUGCCAGUUUUGGAUUGUAAUUAAUUCAAUACGAUGUUUUGGACUUAAAGUGCUAUUCUAACGGGAAAUGAGCUAGCGCCCGUUUUGAUUACAGAAUGACACAUUACAAGAAAUAUUUAGCAACUGACUUUGGUCACCAGUCAGAUCCAGUGCGGUCAUCUUUCCUUCAGCAUGGAUGUCAAAUGUAUGAUAAAGUGCUGAGAUAUUUUUGCUCAAUAAAAUCGUGUCCAAUUCACAAAUUCA